CACAUCUCUAAUUGAACAGCUGAUUGCUGGGGAGCGGAACGAAACGAGUGGAAACUGAAACAAGAGAUAACCAACACACACAUGUGACGGAGGCACUGCACACACACGGCUCGCUUGAAUUUCGCCUGGCAAAGGGCGGGAAAGACACGGAGUUAUAUAAUCGCCGGCUGAAAACACAUGAGUUCGUACAGCGGAUCUGUGCGUCGUCUGCUGGACAGUUGGCCCGGAAAGAAGCGCUUCGGUGUCUACCGCUUCCUGCCGCUCUUCUUCCUGCUGGGCGCUGGCCUGGAGUUCUCCAUGAUCAAUUGGACAGUGGGCGAGACCAAUUUCUAUCGCACUUUUAAGCGUCGCCAGGCCAAGAACUACGUGGAGGAGCAGCAUCAUCUGCAGGCGCGGCCCCCAAACAGCACUGACUAAGCAAAAUGCCCGCCGGAGUAUCCUGGGGCCAGUACAUGAAGUUCCUUGGCUGCGCCUU